AUGGAAGAGAUGGUGGAGCCCAACAUUGCGAUGGCAGAGGCUGUGGUCCGCGCAGCGGCAGCCGCCCCAUCGCGGCCAAGGGUUGUUUACACAUCCUCAAUGGCUGCAGUGCGGGGCCCAGGCCAGGAGCCUCGCAAGGGGCAAAGAUGUUUUGAUGAGAAGGACUUCAACUCACAGUCACAUCCAGAAAACGGCUGGGGGGAAGCAUAUCAAUACAGCAAGCGCGAGUCUGAACUUCGGGCCAAAUCCCUGGCGGAAGAGCUGCAGGUUGACUUUGUGUCUCUUUGCCCCUCCUUCAUCCUGGGGCCAGAGCGAGGGUCCAGCGACGGUUCCGGUUUUUCUGUGAGCAUGGUGCUCUCAUGGAUGAAGGGUGAGCAGAAGGUGCGCAGCCUCCUCAUUGCUGAUGUGCGUGAUGUGGCCACUGCUCACGUGGCUGCCGCGAAAGCCCCGAAGAAGGGCGGACGCUUCAUCGUCAGCACGGAGGUUCGUCCAGUGCCAGAGGAAGUGGCGGCAGUGCUGAGAGAGGUGGUCGCUCCUGCCUGGGGUGCCGAUUCAGCCAAAACCAUCACUGCUGCGGCCGCACCUGGAGAUGGGCCAGCCUGCAUGCGCCCUGGUGCCCAUGAGGUCCGCUGCACUCAGCAGCUCCGGUCAGCGCUGGGCCUGACCUGUCGCGAUGCGCUGGUGACGGUCCGGGACAUGGCUUCCCACUUGGUGUCGACCAAAGAAUUCUGCUGCUUGGGUGUCGUCGUUGUCUUCGUGAAUCGCUUGGCAAUGCUUGGCAUGCAUUGGAAAGAAGCAGCCCACACUCCAAAUUGA